CCUUCUACAUUCAGACUCCUUCACGGAGUAAGACUGUAAGGAGUUGUGUUGGGUCCUUGUAACUGUUUUAUUGCUGCAUUAUUACUGUUGUUAUACACGAAACCUUGAAUUGAACAACCAUGUGUGUGUAUCCUCAGAACAUUAAUGGCUGAGACAAGUUUGUUAUAGAAUCAAGAACGUGGAACAACCUUAGUGAAGGUCUUACACAGAAGGACACAUCAUCACAAGUCACUCAGCCGACCACAAGUGAACCAACUACAGUACUACAUGUCAACAGUCAAGUCAGUAAACCAACCCUGGCAGUCACCUUCUCAUACAUCCACAACUAGAUGGAAACAGGUUCAAUACAUUAUUCAUUCACAUUCAUUGCACAUGAACCAGAAUACAGUACUGCAGGUGUGCAACUCAUAAACUUCAAUUGUGCAGCAAAAUUCUGGGAAAUACAACCUUGAAUUAAAUAACCCACAGUCAUCUCACCAGGUCAACCUACAACAGAACUGUGAAGUCAAUAUUCAACAACUAGUUCCCAAAGUAAACCAACUUAAAAGGUUAUUACAGUCAGUUGUGCAGGGACACAGCUCCCAAAUUUACAAGCUACAGUACAGUAAUACUGUAAUACUCUUUCAUUUCAACUUGUUAUCAACAAGUAUCAACAAUUAACACUUGUAACUUAAACUGCCACUCACCUUUACUGUUAAGCCAACACAACAAUUUGUAAGUUGAAAUGAAACGGGAGAAAGUUGAACCCAAUCAUCACUGUGGCUCAUAUGUUAAGGUAGAAGAUGCACUUCAACAAAUUCUUCAAAGACAUUGUGUUCAAGAUCAUCAGUCACAGAAAAAUGUUGAAGAUGACAAACAUUUGGACUCAAUAGUUACAGUGAAAGAAGAACUUGAACAGCAUGAUGAGGACAACCAACACCACAGCUCACAUAUUACAGUACAACAGGUACUCCAGCAAAUCGUCCAAGGACAAAAUGUCAAAGUACGUCAACCACGACAGUCUACUCGAGGCAGACAUUGCCGUAGCUCAAAAGUAACGGAGGAAAGGGGAGUUCGGCAAGUCCCUCCAAAACGUAGCGUCCGAGGUCAUUGGUUACGGCACACUGGUCGAGGAAGUCAGCACCACAAUCCCAAAGUUACUGUUGGGGAAGCACUUCAGCAUUUUCUUCAAAAACGAAAUGUUCAGACUCGACAACCACAACAGACUGUUCAGGAUGGCCGACUGUGCAACUUACAUUUCAUGACUGAACGAUCACUUCAAGUUCAUAAACGAAGCAACCGAGUCCGCCAACCACGGCAGACUAUUCGGGGAAGACAGCGCCACCAAUCAAAAGUUGAUGUGAAGGAAGCACUUGAGCAAGUUCUUGAGAAGCAAAGUGUUCAACCGAAGAAGACCGUUCAAAAGAGCCAACCCCAUAGUUCACAGAUUACUGUGGAAAAAACACUGAAACAAGUCCUUCAAAGACAGAGUGCCCAAGUAUAUCAAUCACAACAGACUAUUCAAGCUAUCCAAGACCGUAUUUCUAAAGCUGAAGUAAAGGGGGAGCUUGAACAAACCUUUCAGCAGCCUAGUAUUUUAGUUGAUGAGUCAGAGGAAAUAUUUCAAGAUUGUGCCUCACAAGUCACCAUACCACAGUUGGUCAUACAGAUCACUGAACCAUACAUCAACCAACCACAACAUUUACAAAUUUUCCACUUAGACAAAGUUCAAUAGCUAAUUUAAGCUCAUACAAAUUACAUAUACAGUUGUCAGCUAUGGUCAGUUUAACAGGGAGGACAAACACAUGAGCUAAACUGUCAGCCUGAUUUAACUGCUUACAUCACUUUAUAACCUGAGCUAACAAGUAGGUCAGUAACACCAUGAUGCUAACAAGUGGGUCAGUAACACCAUGAUGCUAACAAGUGGGUCAGUAACACCAUGAUGCUAACAAGUGGGUCAGUAACACCAUGAUGCUAACAAGUGGGUCAGUAACACCAUGAUGCUAACAAGUGGGUCAGUAACACCAUGAUGCUAACAAGUGGGUCAGUAACACCAUGAUGCUAACAAGUGGGUCAGUAACACCAUGAUGCUAACAAGUGGGUCAGUAACACCAUGAUGCUAACAAGUGGGUCAGUAACACCAUGAUGCUAACAAGUGGGUCAGUAACACCAUGAUGCUAACAAGUGGGUCAGUAACACCAUGAUGCUAACAAGUGGGUCAGUAACACCAUGAUGCUAACAAGUGGGUCAGUAACACCAUGAUGCUAACAAGUGGGUCAGUAACACCAUGAUGCUAACAAGUGGGUCAGUAACGCACUGCAUACCUGUAACACUCCCACACACUGUAUACCUGUAACACUCUCCCACACACUGUAUACCUGUAACACUCUCCCACACUGUAUAC